UUAUACACAUUAUAUACAACUUUGAAUGACGCGGGUGCGCCGUAAAAGUUCUUAUGUUGGCAGAUAGAGUGCGCGCAUGCGCAGAAGCGUCUGUGUGACUGCCGUUAUGUCGUACAGUUAGAUCACGCGGCACAGUAUUGCAGUUCAUAUUGUUCGUGUGCGCGCGUUUCUCAGUCGUUGCACAAAGAAAAUUUUCAACCAAGAUUACAUAUGAAGACUACAUUCUAUGACAGGUGCAUUGACCUACACACAUCGUGUCGUUUUACACUUCAUAUUCAUCAGCUGCACAAUAAUUUUUUACAGAUCAGACGUGACCCGUCGAGUAAUUGGUCCACGUGCAGUUCGUUUUUUACAUUCCGUGGAAGCUUGGUUGCAGAACCUCGGACGGCACAUAGCUGGCGUCGAUCCUUGGACAGUCCAGACUGUGGUCGAUCGGUGAAUUGUCCCAUGGGUGCAGUGACGGAUUGUACUGCGUCACUGAUCAGCUGGUUGUUAUUAGUAAUGUAUUGCGCUACGGAGUCGUGCACCAUUGUUGGUAAAUUUUCACGAAGUUUUAAUUUUCAGCUUUAAAAUGAAGAAAUCGGCGUCUGAGGCUCACAAAAUGCUGGAUAACACCUACUGUGAGGCACCUAUUAAUGACAGAACGUGGAGACAGUGGUUUCACUGCUUCAAGCACGGUCACUUUGGCGUAGAAGAUUGACAUGACGAUGAAGAGAGAUUAUUUUCGAAGUUACUGAAACCGACGGAUACAAUCACAGGAAAUUGUUAUCAAAAACAACUGAUGCAUCUGAGAAGAACACUGAAAGACAAACGGGCACACUAUAGUAAUUGACAUGAAAAGGUUAUUUUCAGCAUGAUGGUGCUCGACCGCAUGCCGCAAAACCCAUCACAACAUACUUGGAAACACUGAAAUGAGAAGUUCUAACCCGACCACCGUAUUCUCCAGACAUAGCUCCCUCUUGUUACCACCCUUUUCGAUCAAUGGCACACGGCCUGGCUGACUAGCACUUCCGGCCAUAUGAACGAGUGCAAAAUUGGAUCGAUUCAUGGACCUUCUCGAAAGACGCCCAUUUCUUCCACGGAGGGACUCGUAUGUUGCCCGAAAGAUGGGAGAACGUAGUCCCAGUGAUGGCCAGUACUUUGAAUCGUAAGGGUUUUGUACUUGUUUCACUAUGAAGCCUCGAACUUCGAGGAAGAAACUGCAUAAACAAAGCUGUA